CCACAUCAUUCCCACAAAGUCUAUUUGCUGAAAGGAAACAUGUCAUUGGACUGAAGAGCUCCAGAAGAAAAACAGAGGUACAUACUGAAAUAUUUACAGAUGAAGUGAUUGCUUGGACUUUACUUCAAAAUGAUCUGGAUGUGGGACCUUGGAGAAGUAAACAAUGAAACAAGCUUGGCUAUGACUUCGUUGGAACUAGAUAAUGGGCACAGGGGAGUUCAUUACAUUUUUCUCUUUUUUGUGGGCUCAGAUUCAGAAACUCCUUGGGGAACUCAGAACCACUAAUCCAAAUGAUUCUUGAGAUAGUGAUAUCAAUAGCCACGGUGAAGAAGAAGAAGAAGAAGAAGGAGAAGGAGAAGGAGAAGGAGAAGAAGGAGAAGAAGGAGAAGAAGAAGAAGAAGAAGAAGAAGAAGAAGAAGAAGAAGAAGAAGAAGAAGAAGAAGGAGAAGAAGAAGAAGAAGAAGAAGAAGAAGAAGAAGAAGAAGAAGAAAAGAAGAAGAAGGAGAAGGAGAAGAAGAAGAAAAGAAGAAGAAGGAGAAGGAGAAGGAGAAGGAGAAGGAGAAGAAAACAGCUCUGAAUCUAAACAGACUGGAAGCAUUCCAUUGAUGGUAAAUCUAAUGCUGUUUAGGCCUCUUAGUGACUACUUAUAAAGUCAAAUAAAAUAUUUCUGGCACAUUUUAAAUCUCUGUCUUCUGGAAGAUUAAAUAGGAUGAUCUGGGGAGUGGGGGGGAGAGACAUAUGUCUUAGUCCAAACCUUGAUACUACAGUGUUAACUGAUUCCAUCUGUUGACUUCUUGUGGAUAUCUUGGCUUUCAUAACAAAACCAG